AGCAACAAGUAAACGAAACAAACCUUAGAUGGGGGGGACCUUUCAUCCAACCGGAACAAACCUACUACACGGGAAGUUUAUUGGCUGGUCGUGAGGACACCUGUCGCUGAUUGGCCUGUGAACCGCCUGCACUCGUUUAUGGAAAAGGAGCAAGUCCUCGUGUUUCCCUUAACCAUCAAUUAAAGAGUAAACAUGGACGAAGAAAAAUACGCGUUUGAGCAGACUUUUUCUUUUAACGCUCUUCGCACUAAGACGUUUUCUUUCCUACAAGAUAAAGACACCUUGGCACGGUUGAUGAAAUGGUGACGUCCAUGCUGGGGAGGAUUUCCGCUCAGUCGUUCAGUUUUGACCACAGUUUCUCCCCUUACAGCAGUGAAAAGUUUGCUCUGUGUUUCUUCAGAGACCCUGAGGUGCUGUCCAGCCUGAGAAAGAUGGAUGCUGGAGUCUGGGUGCCUCUUGACAAGCCAAUGGUGUCUGUCAGUGUGGAGCCCACGCCUUGCACUAAGGUCUCCAUGGAGCUGUUUGAUCCAAUUUAUUCUUGCGGCAUCUUGAGGCCCACUGGGCAUGUAGUUAAAUGCUUUCAUGAUGUCUACCCUGACUCUGAUGAACUCCGACAGAUGUUGCAGGAUGAGGAGUCUGAGCACUACUAUGUGGUUGGGAGGGAGGAGCGGGGAGAGUUUCUGUUUAGCCUCUUCAAGCACCUGUGUCUUGGGGGUGAGCUCUGUCAGUAUGAAGACACCAUUGAUCCUUACAUCAGCACCACAAAGCAAAUAUACAAAGAUCUGAUCAGCGUGCAGAAGGACCCAGAGACAAAAAAGAUCGGCGUUGUCUCCAAAGUGCUCAAAGUUUGUGUCUUUGACGAAUCUGGCCGAUGUUUCCCUGGGGUGCGAGAGGAGGAGCAGACAUUUGCCUAUUUGAUUGUCGACCCUUAUAGACGUCACGUGACUUUGUUCUGUCACUUCUACGGUGUGGGCAACUUCACAGUGUGACAGCAAAGAACUGGAAAUAGAAAACCCGCUGAUUUCCUGCUGCUCACUAUGUAUGCAUAAUAGACUGUAUAUAAAAGAUGGGCAUCUCCUAUGGGUCUGAAAAGUAAAGCAAAUGUUAAAGUGCCUUGACCCUGCAUUCUUGGUGGGAGGGUGCAAUUGUAUAGAAGCCAGUGAGCAAGCAAAUACUACUGUUGCAGUCAUUUAUGACCUCAGGAAACUCUUCCAUGGUCACUUUAUAGUCUCAAUUUCUACUAGCUUCAUUGAAUACAGCAUGAUUUCCAUUUUGUAAAUUAAGGUCCUUUAAAAAAAAAAAAGACUAUAUAUUUUU